AUGUUUUCGAUACAGUAUAUUGGCAAAACACGUGACUACAGCUAACCCACACAGAGUAACACACUAUGAAGGUAUGACAGACCGCUACAACUUUGCCGGAAUUAGUUUCCCCACGCCGUUGUCCGAAGUAAAGAAAUUUGAGAAGAAUAAUAAAGAAGUGUCCAUCAAUGUUUAUGGUUUCAAGAAAGGUAAUCGUACUUAUAAAAACAAGGCGAAGAACAACAUUCCUAACCAUACCAAUGAAAAAAAAGAUUACAUUAUUAUUCCAUACCGAGUAUGCACCAUUGAGCAACCGAAUCAUUUCGAUCUGUUAUACUUCGAUGAUGGGAAAGGCAACUUUCAUUAUUGCUAUAUCAGAAACCUCACACGACUGGUUGGUCAGCAAAUGUCAAAAAAUAACAAAGAAAAGGCCAUAUGCAGACGAUGUUUCAAGACUUAUGUGGAUGAAGCAGGAAAAGCCCCAAAGGAAUCCAGACUGGACGAGCAUAGAAGAAUAUGCAACAAAAAUGAAUCUGUAACGCCAAUUCUGCCCCCACCAAAAACUUAUAUGAAAUUUGAAAAUUAUGGUAAUACUCAAAAACAUGAUUUUGUGAUUUAUGCGGAUUUUGAGUGUUUGCUGAAGAAACCAGCUGCAGAUAGUCAUUUUGGGAAAACUACUGUUACCCAAGACCACGUGCCCAUGAGUUAUGUGUACUUAGUCAAGCCUAGCGAGGAUGUCCCAAAAGAGUUGUUAGAUCGAUUCAACAUACCACAAACUCCGGUUGUUUACAGCGGCAAUAAAAACAGCGAAUUAAAUGAUGUGCCAAAACAUUUUAUUCAAAGUAUAACCGAUGUAGCACGGAAUAUCGAGCAACUUUUAAACGUUAAUACCCCUAUACGCAUGUCGACACAGGACGAUAGCAACCAUAAGGCUGUCGUGAACGGUGGUCAAUGCCCUCUCUGUAAUUGCAAAUUUUCAAUAUUAAAUCAUCCGGUACGCGAUCACCACCAUUUAAGCGGUAGAUACAGAAACACCGUUUGUAAUAGGUGCAAUUUAAAAAUGCAAAGUCCGACGUAUGUAAGUUGCAUAUUCCACAAUUUAUCGUCUUAUGAUUCGCAUAUAAUCGUUACUGAAUUAGGCCAUGAUCCACACACAAUUAACGUUAUUCCUAAUAGCGAGGAAAAAUUCAUUUCGUUUUCAAAAUUUAUUUCGAAUAAAUUUUCAGUCCGAUUUUUGGAUAGUUAUCGCUUUAUGGCCAGUAGUCUUGACAAAUUAACAAAUAACCUUGCCCGUUCUGACAAGUCUAAGUUCCGUUCUGUGUUGAGUGCAUAUGGGGCGGACGAUAUAGAUUUGGUGACUCGUAAAGGUGUUUACUGCUAUGAGUAUACAGACUCAUGGGAGAAGCUUGAAGAACCCUGUCUACCACCGAUAGAGCAGUUCUAUAGUUCACUAACCGAAAGUAAUAUUUCACAAAAUGACUAUGACCACGCGGUAAAGGUUUUUAACCACUUCAAAUUUAAAACUUUAGGGGACUAUAGUUUAUGGUAUAAUGAGUUGGAUGUGCACAUUUUAUGUGAUGUCUUUGAAUCGUUUAGGGAACUUUGUAUAACUACAUAUUCUUUAGAUCCCUGUUUUUACUACACAUUACCCGGAUAUUCUUUCGAUGUUUGUCUGAAACAUACUAAAGUUGAACUGGAGUUGUUGUCUGACUACGAUAUGCUUCUAAUGUUUGAGAAUGGCAUAAGAGGAGGACUGACACAAGCAUCGAAAAGAUACUCCAAAGCCAACCACGCUAAAACACCGCAAUACAACCCUGCAGAGCCAAAUAGUUGGAUUAUUUAUCUGGAUGCAACGAACUUAUACGGAUGGGCAAUGUCUCAGGCUUUACCUUUGGGGAAUUUCAAAUGGUAUGAAGGUGACCAUUCGGUCCAUACAGUGAAACAUUUGUUAAAAAAAUGUGACAAGAAGUCGAAAACUGGGUUGAUGUUGGAAGUUGAUAUAGAGUACCCUAGGUCCCUUCACGAUAAGCAUUCAGAUUUACCUUUUAUGUGCGAGAGGUUAACACCAGCUGGUUCUCGCAUAAAAAAAUUAGUCGCCACCUUACAGAAUAAACAGCGGUAUAUUGUACACCAUUCAAUCUUGAAACAGGCAUUAGAGGCUGGGCUUAUUCUUAAAAAAGUCCAUAGAAUUCUAAGCUUUGACCAAAGUCCGUGGUUGGGGAGUUACAUCUCGCUUAACACGGAAAUGAGGAAAAAAGCCAUCAAUGAUUUUCAAAAGGAUUUCUUUAAGCUAAUGAACAAUGCCGUUUUUGGUAAAACUAUGGAGAAUGUUCGGAACCGAAUGAAAAUGUCACUUGUGUGUAGUCCUGAGUCUUGUCAAAGGUUAAUUAACAAGCCAACAUUUAAAGGUGUCACGCAAUAUAGUGAAAACUUGUAUGCGGUACACCUAAAUAAGGAUGUUUUAACUUUUGAUAAACCAGUCUACGUUGGGUUUUCCGUCUUGGAAAUUUCCAAGACGUUAAUGUAUGACUUUCAUUACAAUGUAAUGAAAGAGUACUACGGUUGUGAUAUUGAACUACUCUAUAUGGAUACAGAUUCUCUAAUGUACCUGAUUAAGACCAAAGAUUUUUAUGCCGAUGUGUUGUCCAAACCGGGUUUUUUAGAAAAAUUGGAUACAUCCAAUUUCCCACCUUCACAUCCAUGUUAUAGGACAGAAAGAAAAAAAGUUCCUGGGACUUUUACAGAUGAGACCGGAGGCGACAUUAUUUGGGAACAAAUUGCACUUCGAGCAAAAUCUUAUGGUUACAUACUAAUGGGGGCCGAACACAUCAAGGCUAAGGGGGUCGCUUAUCACGUGAUUAAAAACCACAUGACAUUUGAGGACCACAAAGACUGUCUAUUUCAGGGUAUCAAUGGAAAAGACCCAAACAGUUUCAACCCUUAUCGAACGAUGAAUUCGUUUCGAUCCUAUAAACAUGACAUUAAGAGCAUCUCAACCGUUAAGCUGGCUCUAAAUAGGAAUGACGACAAGCGAGUUGUAUUGGCAGACCGCAUACAUACUCUACCUUAUGGUCAUUAUAAACUUGAUGAGGAGCACGUGGAAGAGAUAUAAAUUUAAGACUUAAUAUUAAGGUUAUUGUACAAUUUUUUUUGCUUACUCCCUUUUUUUUAAAAUUUUUUUUGUAACAUAUAUACACUUCAACUCUCAGACUUGUGCAGGCGUCCCCUCCCACUUUUGAUGUAGUUUGUUGUGGAUAUAUGAUUAAAAAUGUAUUUAAAUAAAACCCCAACCCUCAUUACCAUUUAUUUUUUUUGUUAUUUUAAAUACCUAAUUUUUUUU